UACGCAGAACAUAACGCGUUCACAAAGGUCGCUUUGUAAAAAGGAUAAUAAAAUUGGCAAGACCUUAAGACGAUUGUCAAGUAGUCAAAACGUUGUAGAGUUCCUUAAUACUGUCGCUCGCCCCUAAAAGUAUGCAUUGCUGUCUAUGCUACCAAUAUUCGAAUGAAUUUGAAGCUUUGCAAAAUGAUGCUGGACAAUGUACUGAUGUCUAUAAUAUCACUGCAAGAUACUUCGACCCCAUUCUUAUAAACGAUAGCGAUGUACCUGAAGACCAACUUUCACCCAUAAAAAUUUUGUGUUUACAAUGUUGGGAUCAUAUCAACAAUUUUUACGAAUUUCAGCAGGAAGUUCUUAAAUCCCGUUCCUUACUUUCUGCCACUCUAUCAAACAGCUUAAAUGGUAAACAACAAGACAAUCAAUUGGCAGAUCAGUUCAUGGACACCACAUUUAAUGGUAAUGAACACAGCGAAUUGAUGUCUCCAGUUGUGGUAGAAGGUCAAGAAACAUACAAAUUGCAAUUCGAGCUAAUUAAUAAUGAUUCUGAAGACAUGAAAGAUUCAAUCAUCCCAUAUACUUCUCAAAGUGAGCUUUCGGAUGACUAUGAAAAUUAUACUCAAGAAGGUGGAACGCUAGAUAAAAUGAAGUCAAAGAGUAAAAAUGCACGCAUCAAAUCUCAAACUUUGAAUGUUGAGAAGAAAAAGAGUAAAAAUGUUCGCAUCAAAUCUCAGACUUUGGAUGCUGGGAAGAAAGAGAAAAAUUCCAAUAGGGGUGGUGCUGUUUACACACUAGAAAAAGGAAAAGAAUCCGACCAAUUUAUUGCCCAAUGGAAACCUAAUUUGGAAUGUGAUUUAUGCCCAGAAACAGCCACUAAUUUUGAUGCCCUUCGUUCUCAUUUUCGUGAGGUACACAAAAGUAGGUUUUAUAUAAAAUGCUGUGAUCGCAAGUUCUAUCGCCGAUGUAUCUUAGUGGAGCACAUUCAGCUUCAUGUUAAUCCCAAUACUUAUAAAUGUGAUAUAUGCGGUAAACCCAGUACCAGUAAACACAACCUUCAAUUACACAAGCAAAUUGUACACAACAAUGCUAGAGAAUUUAAAUGCGAGUUUUGUUAUAAGAGCUUUAAUCAUAAACCAACUUUAAAUCGUCACCUAUUAACACAUGCAAGUGGUGAAAAGACAUUCUUUUGUAAGGAAUGUGAUAAAGGGUAUGUUCUCGAAGUGCAGUUAAAAGCUCACAUUAAAACUGUUCACAAUGGUAUAAAAAUUUGUGAGCAAUGCGGAAAGACAUUUCAGAGUGAAGGAACUUUGAAGAAGCAUUACGUAGAGCAUGGUAUUUUCCCGCAACCAAAAUUUCCCUGCGAUAUGUGUGAUGCAGAAUUGAAAUCAAACGAAGCUCUGAAACGUCAUAAGGCUGCUUAUCACCAUGACGGCUCAACUGCUUAUAUUUGUAAAAUUUGUGGAAAAGUUUCUGCUAGUGAACACGCUUUGUUAUCUCACAAAAAAUUUGUCCACGAAGGGGAGCGCAAGUACAAAUGUGACCUUUGCGAAAAAGCAUUUCGAACCAAGACGGUACUUAGAGAACAUGUGGCUACACAUACUGGCGAAGAUUUAUACCAAUGUCCACAUUGCCCGUCUACUUUCAAAACAAAUUCCAAUAUGCAUCAUCAUCGUAAAAGAGUUCAUCCUGUCGAAUGGAAGGUUUCAAGGAAGCGUCGUUCGAACCAACCUAAAAUAAAUAUAAAUCAGUUGCAAAGGCAAAUUUACAAUAAAUACAAACAAAAAGUACACAAUAUGUCCAUCGAUAAAGCCUGUUGCUGCUUAUGCUUUACAUCGAGCUACGAUUUUAAAUUGAUACAAAGUGAAACUGGGCAGUGCAACGAAGCAUACGUUAUUACCGUUAAAUAUUUUGAUCCAAUGAUUCUUACAGACGAUCAUACAGGUCUCCUGGUGGACUUGUCUAAAGUUCUAUGCAUUAAUUGUUGGUCACAUAUCAAGGAUUUCCAUGAUUUUCAACAAGAAGUUCUUAAAACUCGCGGAGUAUUAUCUACGACCAUUGAUAAAGAAUUUCCAGAGAUUAUUGUGGAGCAUAGAGAAGAUAAUGACUAUGCCAUUGAAGACAGUUUCAUCGAUAAAGAAAAUAUUGAAUUUGAUUCAGAGUUGGAUGAUCUUCCUUUAAAGGUAUUGUACACAAAAUUAAGGAAAAAAUCGCCAUGCAAGACUAAAGACAAAUCUUUAAGAAAAGAGAAAAAAUUCAGCGAUUGCCCUGAACAUAAUAAAAAUGUUUCUGAAUGUGAUGGCAAUGCCAUUAUCGAGAAACAAACUCUAAAAAUUGAAAUUGAUAGCUUGGCAAACGUGACCACACCAAAAAUUGAAUGUGAAAAUCAGGAAUUGGGUAUGGUAACAUCUAUGUUAAGCCCUCAUGAUGAACCAGAUGAUAUAACUUCAAGCGAUAUUAAAGAUUCGGUAAAUAUGAAGAAAGCUCGCAGGAGUAGAAAGCCAAAAACUUUGGCAAUUAAAACCAACAAUUUGAGAAGGUGUCGUACUAAGAAGAAAAAUGACGGUAGCAUCAAACAGAAAGAUCCAUCCAGAACAAAAUAUAUGGAGAAAUGCAAGGAAAAUGAUAUUUUUAUAGCCCAAUGGAAGCCAAAUUUGGAUUGUGAUUUAUGCUCGGAAACAGCAACUAACUUUAAUGCACUGCGUUCUCAUUUUCGGCAAGUUCACAAAACAAAAUGUUAUAUCAAGUGUUGUGAUCGUAAAUUCUAUCGCCGUUAUGUAUUAAUGGGACAUAUAAGACUUCACAUUGAUCCGGAAACUCAUAAAUGCGAAAUCUGUGGAAAAUCAAGUACAACGAAAUAUAAUUUAAAAUUGCAUCAGAAGAUUGUACAUGGGGAAUCGAAACAAUUCGAGUGUGAUGUCUGCCAUAGACUAUUCAAUCAAAAACCCACUUUAGAUCGUCAUCUUCUAACACAUGUUAUGGGAGAGAAAAAAUUCUUCUGCAAGGAAUGCGACAAAGGCUACGUUUUGGAAGUGCAAUUAAAUACACACAUAAAGACGGUACACGGCGUGGAUUGUGUGUGUGAUCAAUGCGGAAAAAAAUUUCGAGGUGCUAACACUCUGAAAAAGCAUUUGUUGGAACAUUCAGGUGUACCAAAACCGAAGUUUCCUUGUGAUAUUUGCGGUGCACAAUUAACCAAUAAAAAUGGUUUGCGCCGCCAUAUAUCUGCAUAUCACCACGAUGGGUCGACAGCUUACGUUUGUAGCCUUUGUGGAAAGGUAGCAUCUAGUGAAAAUGCUUUGAAAUCCCAUAAGAAACAAGUUCACGAGGAGAAAAGGAAAUUUAAGUGUACGUAUUGUGAUAAAGCUUUUAAAAGGCCGAAAGUAUUACGUGAACACAUAGCCACACAUACCGGUGUUGAUUUAUAUCAAUGUCCCCAUUGUCCUCAAACUUUUAAGGUAAGUGCUAACAUGCACCAUCAUCGAAAAAGAGCUCAUCCAAGGGAAUGGGAAGAAGCUAGAAAAAAUCGUCUAAAUUUGCCAAAAGUUAAUAUAAAGGAAGUAACAAAUCAAGUCGUUUUGUAAUACAUUAAACAGACCAUAAAGUGGAAAAUUUGGUUUACUAAAAAUUUUAUUUUGCUUUGUAAUUUUGCUUACAUAGCAAAGACUUGAACCCAACUUUAUUUGUGAUGAAGCCUACAGUGACAUGUUUAGUCAAGGUCUUCAUUGGGGAAGUUAAAGAAAAACAAAGCUUUAUAAAUUUGAGCAAGAUAAAAAGCGAAGCAUUUCUUUAGUUCAAAGUACUAAAAGAUGUUUUUUUUUUAUUUGGAGAGUGAUGUAAAUGAGAGAAAAAGUAACGGCGCUAGUUUCUCUGAUGAGGUAUUCAAUGCAACUUCACAUGUGAGCACAAGAGUAAUAGUUUUCCGGAGAGUACAGUAGUGAGCCUACCAAAUAAGAACAAACAACCAAACUCAUAUACCACUCGUCUAUAAAACACUACAUACAUUUCGUAAUUCCCCGAGCGCUUUGAAAUGUUGAAUAAUGCAGUCACAGAGCUACUGAAUGUAAAAAACAAUCAGUACAGCGGAAACUAUUAAAGCGAAAAUCUACAAUGAUAAAAUCUCUGUAGAUUUCUUUUGAUUUUUUACUUUGAAGUUAA